AUGGCAGAGCGGCUCUGGGCCGCGCUGGUCCUGCACGGCUUUAGCCAACACCGCUCGCACCCCUGCGGAGCGGGGACGCCCCAGGCCUCGCCUGCUCCCGGCCGGUGCCCGGGCAGUGGCGGGGCGGGGGCACCCCCGGCCCCCGCGCGGCCUCCUCCGAGCCCCCCGUGCGGCGAGUGCCCCCUCGGCCCGGCGGGCCCGCGGGGCGGCUCGGGGCGCUGGGCUCCCCGCCGGACCCCCCGCUCCGCCCGGGCCGGCUCCUCCCGAGAGCACCGGGGGGAGCCGCGGUUCCCGGCGGGGCGGGAGGAGCCGCCGGGCCCGGUCCCCGGCGCAGCCCGGCCGGGGCGGUGCGGAGCCCGGCCCGCGCUGCCUCCCGCUCGCCCGCCCGUCCGCCCUUUGUCUGCGCCGCCCGCCCCGCUCGGGCCGUACCUGCCGCCGCCGGGCCCGCUCCGUCAGGCCGCCGCCUCCACCGCCGCCCGCUCCGCCGGGCUCCGCCGGCCCGGCCCCGCUCGGCGCGUCCCGCCCGCCGCCCGGGCAGGCACCGCCCCCGCCGCCCCCCGCCAGCACCGCCCCGGGGGCCGCGAGGGGCUCCCGCCGCGCCAGGGGCAGGGCUGA